AUGGUGCUGCAAGAGCUCCAAAGCAAGAGGCUCUCCAAAGUGCAGCUGGCACAACUCUUGCAGGAAGCCGCCAGGCUUGGCUUUCGACCUCGGCUGCUGGAACACCUCUGCGAGGGCUUAGAGCGUCAACAGGUGCCCUUGAACUGGGAUCAGGCCAGUGUUUUGGACGCGGCCUUUGCUCGAAGGCCUUUGGAUGCAGCCUUGGAGACUGCGGUGGAGGAGAAUCCGGACGCCCGGGCCGCAGUGUGGCUGCUGGACGAGGGCAUCAAAAACUCCAACGGAAGGAAGUCCCGGUUGAACGCCAAUCCCUUGCUGCGCACAGCCGCUAGUAGGUGCCAAGUGCCUUUGAUUGAACGCCUGGUGGAGAUCAACGCAGACCCCAAUGCGCCAGAUCCUCGCUAUGGCAGCACGGCCCUGGACCGCGCCGUAUCGGCAGGCUGCACCGGGGCAGCUUUGACCUUGCUCUCGCUGGGCGCGGAUCCCGACGCCGGGCAUGGUGCCUUGGCAGAUGGAACCAUCCAGACAGUGAAAGAAACACUUUCCCUGAAAGAAGAGGCAACAAACCGACCCUGGCUCUAA